UGUUCACUGUGACAACAUGUGCACUGGAAGAUGCUCCCGUAUCAUCGCUAUUACUCUGUACCCAAUGGUGCUUCUGUCCAUCAUCUGCAACAUUGUGCUGUUCUUUCCCGACCUGAACAUCAAGUAUGUGAAAGAGCAACACAUCACUGAGGAGGUGAAAUACAUGGGGGGAGUCAUUGGAGGAGGUUUAUUGGUCCUCAUGUCAGCACUUUCCAUUCACUUGACUGGAGAACACGGGUGCUGCGCAAAUCGCUUGGGGAUGUUCCUCUCAAUUAUAUUUGCUGCACUGGGCGUGGCGGGUGCUGUGUACAGCUUCAUUGCGGCAUUACUUGGCUUGACAAAUGGGCCACUCUGCAAAAAUGACAGCGGCGACUGGAAGAGACUUUUCCAAAGCAGUAAUUCGACCUACCUGACUAACCUCAAGUCGUGGGCGGAGUGCAAAGAGCCAAAGAAUGUGGUGCUGUUCAACACCGCGCUGUUUCUUACUCUGCUCAUAGCCAGCUGCCUGCAGGGGUUGCUCCUUGCCAUGCAGAUAAUCAAUGGCCUCAUUGGCACCGUGUUUGGAACGUGCAACAAGAAAGAGGAACCGUGAGUUUGUGGUUCAGGAGGCAUUCGAACGUUUGCAUUCACAUCUGAAGAGAAGUCUGAAAGAAGUGUUCCCGCCUUAAGCACAUCUGUAGCAAAUGCUUGCACUGAAAACAUUGUUAUAUGUGUUAUAUAUUUUCAUAAUUGUGUGUAUUUCAAGAUGCUUGUUGCUGAUAUUACAAAUGCAUAUUAGUGUGCACUGUGAAAAGAGUACAGCAUUAGAAAUGAUUUGUGCUAAUCAUAGAGUCAAUUUGAAAUAAACUACUUCAAAAUAAAAGCUUCUGAU